AUGUGCCAUUAUAUUCUAUUAUUAAACUUAGCAUCGAUUGUCAAGCUCACUCGUGGUAACCUGGUGUUGGAUUGUCCGGUAUCUAGUGAAUACAUCGGCUUAGUCCCUAUCCGAAAUUCAAAAGAGUUCACUCAUAUGCGCUAUACUGCUGCUAUGUGCGAUCCAAGCAACUUUAUACGUGACGGUCACAUCCUCAGGCAGCAAAUAAUGGAAAGAGAAACCGAGUUAGCAAUUGUGUUGACCAUGUAUAAUGAAGACGAGAUUCUGUUCACUCGUACAAUGCAUGGUGUCAUGAAGAAUAUUUCACAUUUGUGCUCAAGAAGUCGAUCCAAGACUUGGGGAUCAAACGGCUGGAAAAAAGUUACAGUUUGCAUUAUAGCAGAUGGGCGCAAAGAGGUUAACUCAAAGGUACUAUCAAUAUUGACCGCUCUUGGUGUCUAUCAAGGAGGUGUAGCAAAAAAUACUGUUAAUGGAAAAAGAGUCUCUGCUCAUAUAUACGAGUAUACUACACAACUAUCCGUCGACUCGGAUAUGGAAUUUAAAUAUGCCGAUGAUGGUAUCGUGCCUUGUCAGGUCAUUUUUUGUCUCAAAGAAGCCAAUCAGAGAAAGAUCAAUUCACAUCGAUGGUUUUUUCAAGCAUUUUGCCCAGUUCUUCGGCCAAAGAUUUGUGUUUUAUUAGAUGUUGGGACUCGACCCGGAAAUAGAUCCAUCUAUCAUCUUUGGAAAGCGUUUGAGCUCGACAGCCGUGUUGCCGGCGUUUGCGGAGAGAUUCGGGCCAUGACAGGCCGCUUUGGUACAUCGUUAUUAAAUCCACUGGUCGCAUCUCAGAAUUUUGAAUACAAGGUGUCCAAUAUUCUGGAUAAACCUUUCGAAUCGGUCUUUGGCUACAUUUCGGUAUUACCUGGUGCUUUCUCUGCGUAUCGGUACAUGGCCCUGUUAAACGACGUGAAUGGCGGCGGUCCUUUAGAAAAAUACUUUAUGUGCGAAACUCACCGUGGAUCUGAUGCUGAUAUAUUUACAGCUAACAUGUACCUUGCUGAAGAUCGCAUAUUAUGCUAUGAGUUGGUAUCCAAGAAAAAUUCUAGCUGGAUUUUGCGUUAUGUAUCUAAUGCCUAUGGAGAAACAGAUGUUCCUGGCAAAGUACCAGAGUUUAUCUCGCAGCGUCGAAGGUGGUUGAAUGGUUCAUUCUUUGCCACAGUCUAUGCAAUUUAUCACUGGAAGAAAAUAUGGGGUUCGAAUCAUACUCUUAUUCGAAAGACCAUGUUUAUGUUUGUCCAUUUCUAUAACACAGUCAACUUGCUUUUUUCUUGGUUUGCUCUGGGAAAUUUCUAUCUAAUAUUUCAUGAAUUGACAAAAACACUUUCUUCGAUUUCACUUGAUCCUCGGCCAUUCCCAGUUAGCUACUCAAUAUAUAUCAAUUUAGCCCUCGACUGGAUAUACUCGAUAUUGUUGAUAUUCUUAUUUGUGAUUGCCCUGGGUAAUAGACCACAAGGAUUCAAGUAUGCCUACAUCAUUAGUAUGGCAAUAUUCGGACUCCUUAUGAUGUAUUUAAUGUUUGCCAUGGCUUGGAUUGUUUAUACUGGCGUCAAGGCAGCUAUCGAAAGUCCUGAUUUAUCACUGAUGGCUUUGCUCGGUCGCUACAGAAUCCAGAGUAUUGUACUGUCCGUAUGCUCUACGUUUAUUAUAUACCUUUUAUCUGGGAUUUUAUUUCUCGAUCCCUGGCACAUAUUCACCAGUAUGUUACAGUACACAAUUUUGUCGCCGAGCUAUGUAAAUGUACUCAACGUAUAUGCUUUUUGCAAUACUCAUGAUGUUUCAUGGGGAACAAAAGAAGACACACAUGCUCUACUAGACACGGAAACCUCUAAACCUGGAGAUAUUAGCAAGAGAAAUAGCCUGAAUAUUGUAGCCCAAUUUGAUCCGACGGAUAUCGACUUGAUAUACCACAAAGCACGUCUAGAUAUUCGCGAUAAAUCAAAGACCAGGAAGCCUCAAUGUAGUUCAAAAACAAAGAAAGAAGACUAUUACCGAGCAUUUCGAACUUACAUUGUACUGGCGUGGACAUUUUCUAACUUGGCAAUGGUUGUACUUCUGUCGAGUGUGGAAACCAACCGCUGGUUUGGAGACCAUCAGUUAAGAAUCACAAUUUAUGUAGGAUGUAUUCUUUGGUUCACUGCUGCAAUAUUAGGCCUUCGCUUCAUUGGGUCGUGUAUUUACCUGGCUACAAAUAUUUUUCAUGGGUAG